AUGUCAAAGAGAUCUGCUUAUGACGAAGAUGAAGCUAGAAACGUCACAUCAAAAACUGUUUCAGGUAACGGUCCAACUACCGUAGUUGAAUCCGAAGAUGUUGCAAUGGAAGGUCAACUUGAAGAUCAAUUCAGUGAUGAAUUUGAAAGUGAUGGUGAAAUCAUUGAAUUAGACGAUGAUGAUGAUGAAGAGGAUGCAGAUCUAAAUGCUGAGGAAUAUUUUGAAAAGAAACAAAAGAAAGCUGAAGAAAUUUUGUUAAAAGAAAAUGAAGAGGCUAAAGAGAGUUCUGGUCCACAAUUGUAUUUACCAAAUAUUUCUCGUCCAUUAGGUCCUGAUGAAGUGUUAGAGGCUGAUCCAACUGUCUAUGAAAUGUUGCAUAAUGUUAAUUUACCAUGGCCAUGUUUAACCUUGGAUAUUAUUCCAGAUAAUUUAGGCUCCGAACGUAGAAAUUAUCCUCAAUCCAUCUUAAUGACUACGGCUACUCAGGCAUCUAAAAAGAAAGAUAAUGAGUUGAUGGUACUAAAAUUAUCACAUUUAACUAAAACUUUGGUUAAAGAUGAUGAUAAUGUAGAUAAUGAAGAUGAUGAUGAAGAUGAUGACGAAGCUGGAGAACCAAUUUUAGAAAAUGAAAGUUUACCAUUAAGAGACACUACAAAUAGACUUCGUAUUUCUCCAUAUGCCACUGUUCAACAAGAAAUUUUGACCUCUACAAUGAGUGAAAAUGGUGAGGUUUUUAUUUAUGAUUUAACACCACAGACUAGAGCUUUUGAAACACCAGGUUAUCAAAUUCCAAAAACUGCUAAAAGACCAUUACACACAAUUAGAAACCAUGGUAAUGUCGAAGGAUAUGGUUUGGAUUGGUCACCUUUAAUUAAAACUGGUGCCUUAUUAACAGGUGACUGUUCUGGUAUGGUGUAUCUAACACAAAGACAUACCUCUAAGUGGGUAACCGAUAAGACUCCUUUUACUGUUGGUAACAAUAAAUCUAUAGAAGAUAUCCAAUGGUCUCGUACAGAAUCAACAGUCUUUGCGACGGCAGGAUGUGAUGGUUAUAUUAGAAUAUGGGAUACCAGAUCUAAAAAACACAAACCUGUCAUUUCAACCGUAGUCUCCAAUACAGAUGUCAACGUUAUUAGUUGGAAUGAAAAAAUGGGAUAUUUAUUAGCAAGUGGGGAUGAUAAAGGUACAUGGGGUAUUUGGGAUCUAAGACAAUUUUCUCCAAACUCUGAAAAAGCUCUUCCAGUGGCUCAAUACGACUUCCAUAAAGGUGCUAUCACAUCGAUUAGUUUCAAUCCUUUGGAUGAAUCCAUAGUUGCAGUAGCCUCUGAAGACAACACUGUUACUUUAUGGGAUUUGUCCGUCGAAGCUGAUGAUGAAGAAAUCAAACAACAAAAGGCAGAAAUAAAGGAAUUAGAGCAAAUCCCACCACAACUAUUAUUUGUUCACUGGCAAAAAGAAGUCAAAGACGUUAAAUGGCAUAAGCAAAUUCCAGGUUGUUUGGUGAGUACUGGUACUGAUGGUUUGAAUGUUUGGAAGACUAUCAGUGUUUAA